AUGCCCAGCACCCCCACGAGCCGACCGGCCAAGACCACCAGCACAAGCGACGCCGCCCACAAGCGCUGCGCCGACGACAACAACCUCGAGACGCUGACCGCAAGCGUCGAGACAGCGCUCAUGGACGACGACGUCGACGUCACGAUCGAACACACGCUCGUGCCCGGCGACUUGACACUCGGCCCGAUCAUCGGCCACGGCGCCUUCUCGACUGUGUACUCGGCCACGUACAAGGGCAAGGCCGUCGCCCUCAAGCGCCAGACGAAGGAUGCCCACAUCUUGCGCGAGCUCGCGAUCCUCCAGCAGAUCGACCACCCGCAUUUGCUCAAGUACAUUGGGUCGUGCGAGUACGAGCACAUGGGCAAGAAGGAGGUGUGGAUCGUGUCCGAGUUUUACAAGGGCGGCGACGUGAGUAAGUUAUUGAAGAAGUCGACCAAGAAGCGCGACGCCUUGUCCUGGCUGCAAUGCGUCCAGAUCGCACUGGACGCCGCCGAUGCGCUGCAGUAUCUCCACGAGCGCAGCAUCAUCCACCGCGACGUCAAGUCGGCCAACAUCCUCCUUGACGCCAACCUGCGCAGCCGCCUCUGCGACUUUGGCUUUGCGCGCAAGGCCGUGCACCACGACGAUGGCCACGACGGGUACUCGUCGGACGAGAACGCUGGUGGGCGCAUGCGACGCAAGAUGUCGCUCUGCGGCACGGACGCCUACAUGUCCCCGGAAAUGUACUUCAACGAAGACUACAACGACCGCGCCGACAUGUACUCGUUCGGCGUCGUGCUCAUCGAGCUCAUUUGCCGGCGUGAGGUCAACAAGGACGACUUUCUCCUGCGCGUUCCGGCCAAGAACUUUGUCAUCGACCUCGACGAGUUCCACGCUGCCGUGCCCGCCGACUGCCCGCCGUCGCUCGUGCUCCUCGCUGACAACUGCACGUCGUUCGAGCCCGACGGCCGGCCCAGCAGCCACGAGGUGGUCGAAUGGCUCGAAGACCUCAAGAAAGACCUUGUCGAAGCGGCGAUCGCGACGCCCGAAGCGUCGGACCCGCUCGACGACGAGGUGCGCUCCGUGCUGGAAGAGUCGUCGCGGUUCUCGAUCGCCGUGCACGAAGACGAGGCGCCGCCGGCGUACGAAGGCGCGCUCCUUUUGCGCAACUGCGUCGGUCGCUGGCGCCAGCGCUACGUGGUCGUGCGUGACUCGACGCUGGUCGUGUACAAAUCCCAAGCCGUGUACGAGGAGAUUGCCCAGCUCGAGGCCGACGGGCACCAGAAGAUCAAGCACAAGCCGUCGCCCGUGCCCUUGGACCAGUGCCAACUCUUUCAGGUAACGACGCCGCUGGUCAAAGACAUCUCCGUCUUCGGGCUCCGCAUCAAUAUCCCGACAUUCAUGCAUCGCCUGAAGAAAAAGGCCCGGCGCUGGACGCUCAAGAGCAAGAGCCUCCAUAACAAGUGGGCGUUCCAGGCCGCGUCGCUCCAGGAGAUGCAGCUCUGGGUCGCGCUCUUUGUACGCGCGAUCAAGGUCGCCGUGCACCAGUCGCCGUGCCCGUCCAAGGCCAUUGCCGAAGAAACCUCGGUCGACACGAACGACGAGAUUUACAAGUGGCUCCACGCGCUCGGCGCCGCACAGUACCAUGCGACCUUCAAGGCCAAGGGCUUUGGGACGCUCGACUUUAUCCGCGAGACGGGGCUCGGCGAAGACGACUUCAACUUUCUUGGCAUUGAGAGCGCCAAGGACCGCGACGCGCUCACCACGGCGGCGCUCCUCCUCCGCGGCGAAGCGUACUAG